UUAAAGAGCGCACACAGGAACCGCACUCCCCACAGUGGAAACACUUCCAAUUAAAAAAAAACUCAAAAUCCCAAACCGACGAUACCCGUCUUCUUCGUUUCCUUCAUUUUUCUCUGGUUUUGGAACCCUAGCCCUGUCCCCUUCGUCUUCUCCGUCUCCGUUACCAGUUCACUGCAACGGCUCCCGGAGAGUCUAUAUCAAAGGUUUUUGGGCCCCAUGCCCCCUUCAUCUUCUCCAUCUCCGUUCCCAGUCGAUCGCAGAGGCGUUUCUCUUUCCAUCUAAACGUAUUGAGCCCCUGCGCCCUUCCACUUCUCCGUUUCCCAGUGGACUACCGCGGCGGCCGGAGAGUCUACAUUUAAGGGUAUUGAGCCCUCUACUCCCUUCAUCUUCUUCGUCUCCAUUCCCAGUCGAUUGCUUCGGCGACUCUCUUCUCUAAAUAGGUUUUGGUUUCCAAAACCAAGUCACUGACAUAAUAACAAAACAAUGGAGAAGAAGAAAGGAAAUGAAUUUGGAAGCUUAAAGCUGAACAUUGCCAUCAUUCAUCCUGAUCUUGGCAUAGGUGGAGCUGAAAGGUUAAUUGUUGAUGCAGCUGUCGAGCUUGUAUCCCAUGGGCACAAUGUUCAUGUUUUUACCGCUCACCAUGACAGGGCUCGAUGUUUUGAGGAGACUCUUGCAGGUAGCUUUCCAGUUACGGUAUAUGGUGCUUUCCUACCCCGACAUAUUUUCUAUCGGUUUCAUGCAGUAUGUGCAUAUUUGCGGUGUAUCUUUGUCACUCUCUGCAUGCUACUCUUUUGGCCCUCUUUUGAUGUUAUAUUGGCAGACCAGGUCUCCAUUGUCAUUCCUUUGUUGAGAAUUAAAAAGUCCACGAAGGUUGUAUUCUAUUGCCAUUUUCCUGAUCUGUUGCUGGCGCAGCACACAACCGCUCUUAGGAGGAUAUAUCGGAAACCAAUUGACAUGGUUGAAGAAUCAACUACUGGGAUGGCAGAUCUAAUUCUUGUCAACAGCCGAUUUACUGCCUCUACUUUUGCCAAUACAUUUAAGAAUCUUGAUGCUCGAGGGUUUCGACCUGCUGUCCUUUACCCAGCAGUCAAUGUGGAGCAAUUUGAUGAACCGUAUGCUUACAAAUUGAAUUUUCUCUCUAUCAAUCGAUUUGAAAGAAAAAAGAACAUCGGUUUAGCAAUUUCAGCAUUUGCAAUGCUUCAUGCUCUUGAAAGAGAUGUUAUUCAAGGUCGUAACUUGGUCGAGGUUUCCCUGACUAUUGCAGGUGGCUUUGAUAAACGCCUCAAGGAGAACGUAGAGUAUCUGGAAGAACUUAAAAGCUUAGCAGAAAGGGAGGGAGUUUCUGACCAGGUUACCUUCAUCACAUCCUGCUCGACAGCAGAAAGGAAUGCGCUCCUAUCCCAGUGCCUAUGUGUCCUCUACACUCCAAAGGAUGAACACUUCGGCAUUGUUCCCUUGGAGGCAAUGGCAGCCAAAAAACCUGUUAUUGCAUGCAAUAGUGGGGGCCCUGUGGAGACUAUUAAGGAUGGUGUCACAGGGUUCCUUUGUGACCCAACCCCACAGAAGUUCUCAGUGGCUAUGGCCAGGUUCAUUUGUGAUCCUGAGAUAGCAGAGAAGAUGGGAAUAGCAGCUCGGCGACAUGUCAGUGAGUCAUUCUCUACAAAGAUUUUUGGCCAACGGUUGAACAAAUUUAUUAUUAAUGUUGCCCGGGUUAAGAGUGAUUAGGGAUUAAACUAAUUGCAUCAAUGGAUGAAGAGAAUAGCUUUGCCAUUUAGGCCAUCAGUGUGCAGUCAGCCAUCACCCUUACAAGUUGAAGUUGCAUGCUGGGUUAAGAUCUCCAGUGGGUUUGUAAGAGGGGAUUAUUGGGUGGGGGAGCAUUGGAUGGGUAAGUCUAAGGAAGGUCACAUCCGGGGAUAAUAAGGCUAUUUACAUUACAGCUACACUAAUGGAUUGAAUAAAGAAAGAUUGUCAUAUAUGUGAACUAA